CUUUCAAUGAUUUUCUAGAGACGGAAUCUUAAAAUCAAACCUUAUAAACAAAAAAAUAUUGAAUAAAUGGAAAACAAAAUCCACAUAAACGUCAUUAGUCGUAAAUUAGGCACCACAAUAACAACUAAUCAUAAUCACUUUUUUCUUUCCACCACAUAGAUCUCAUAAUGUUUGUCCAAUGUCGUAGAUAUUCUCAACUAUCAAGGAUAAUUUAGUCAUUCUGUUCAUCAAGUCUAUAUAAGAAUACCACAUUAACCACCUCUACUUGCAUUCGACUUUCAACCAAAGCAGAAACCAUAGAGCUUUUUCCCACUAAAACCAUUCUUUUACAAUGUCUCCUGAUAUGGGAAAAUUGAACAGGAUCCAUUGCAUCGUGAGGAUUACUCAAAUGCUCCGACAAUGGAAGAAAAGAGCUACAUCUUCUUCAUCUAGACGCACUGCUUCUGAUGUGCCUCCUGGACAUGUGGCUAUAUCAGUAGGCAGUAGUUGCAGGAGAUUCGUGGUGCGAGCUACGUAUUUGAAUCAUCCAAUUUUCAGGAAGCUACUGAUUCAGGCUGAGGAAGAAUACGGGUUUUCGAACCAUGGAACCUUGGCUAUACCUUGUGAUGAGUUUCUUUUCGAGGAGAUCCUUAGGUUUGUCUCUCGAUCUGGAUCGAGUAAUAACUGGAAUCGUUCGUUUAACAUUGAGGAUUUUCAGAAAUCAUGCCAUGCAAGGUACAGGAAUAGCGUAGAGAAUUUUGGUGAAUCUCGACCGUUACUUGGCGGAUCUAUGUGUUAAAAAAGAACAGAAAAAUUUGAUAUUUAGGAGUAGAAAGUAUUUUCUGAUGUUGAAAAUGGAGAUGGCGGAACAAAGGCCUUGGAGGACUGAGUCAUCUUGUUUUGGUGACAGACACCAGAUUGUAAAGAGUGUCUGUUAUUCCUUUUCUCAAACUUUACGUUAUAUUUUUAUUUUUUUUUAGUAAAAAAAACAAAGUUGUAAAAUUUGAUGAUACUUACAUUAUUAAUAUACUACUCUUCAUGAAAUGAAAGUUUUUUAUUUUUUAUUUUGCGA